AGCCGGAGAGCCCGAGUGGUGCCUGAGCCCGCUUGUUGUCAAGGCUCCGAGGCUGUGUGGGCGUCGGCGAAGACCCAGGCUGAGGAGAGCCAGGGGCAGCGGCCGGGGCGGCGGCAGUAGAACAGCGGCUGCCAUCCUGAUACCCUGCCGCGAUGUUGGCGGAAAACCUGGUGGAGGAGUUUGAGAUGAAGGAGGACGAACCGUGGUACGACCAGCAAGACCUGCAGCAAGAUCUUCAACUUGCUGCUGAGCUUGGGAAGACGUUGCUGGAUCGAAACACAGAGCUAGAGGAGUCUCUUCAGCACAUGUAUACAACCAACCAGGAGCAGUUACAGGAAAUUGAGUACCUGACCAAACAAGUGGAGCUUCUACGACAGAUGAAUGAGCAACAUGCAAAGGUUUAUGAGCAGCUGGAUGUCACCGCCCGGGAACUAGAAGAGACUAAUCAAAAGCUAGUUUCAGACAGCAAAGCAUCCCAGCAAAAGAUAUUAAGUCUGACAGAAACAAUCGAAUGCCUACAGAGUCAUGUUGAUCACCUCCAGAACCAGAUGGAGGAGCUGAAGACAUCCAGUGAAGGGAGGGGGAACCAGGAGAGAUGUGAACAACGAAAGUCAUUGCACAGUUUCUCGUGUCUAAAGGAACUUUAUGACCUACGCAAGCACUUUGUGUAUGACCAUGUAUUUGCUGAGAAGAUAACCUCUAUGCAUAACCAGCAAACCCCUGAUGAAGAAGAAAAUGAAAAUCUGAAAAAGACAAUAACAGUGUUGCAGGCCCAGCUGAGCCUGGAAAGGAAGAAGAGAAUGACCAUGGAGGAAGAGUAUGGGUUGGUACUGAAGGAGAACUGUGAUCUGGAACAGCAGCUUGGUGCCUCAGAUGCCUAUCGAGCACGGGCCCUGGAGCUAGAGGCAGAGGUGGCAGAAAUGCGCCAGAUGCUACAGUCAGAGCAUCCAUUUGUGAAUGGUGUAGAAAAGUUGGUUCCAGAUUCAUUGUUCCUUUCUGUCAAAGAACCCAGCCAGACUCUGCUUGAGGAAAUAUUCCUGGCCGGGUCUGAGCUGAGCAAAAAACCCCUCAAACGCAGCAGCAGUGAGAUAGUGCUGAGUAGUCUGGCUGGGAGUGAUAUUGUUAAGGGCCAUGAAGAGACUUGCAUCAGGAAAACGGAGGCAAUGAAACAGAGAGGUAUUUCCCUGCUGCAUGAAGUAGAUACCCAAUACAGUGCUCUGAAGGUCAAAUAUGAAGAGCUACUCAAGAAGUGCCAGAAGGAAGAGGAAUCCCUGAAACAUAAGGCUGUGCAGACUUCUAGGGGUCCCACACCAGCCCUGAAUGUGAGGAGCCCAGAAGCUGAGCCAGUCCCCAGCAGCCAGGAGCUGGCCAGCAUCGUUCCAGACUCGAGUAGUUCCACCACCAGCCCUCCUCCAGAAUACAAAGCUCUCUUCAAGGAGAUCUUUAGUUGCAUCAAGAAAACCAAGCAAGAAAUAGAUGAACAAAGAAUGAAAUACCAGUCUCGCUCACCGCAUUCUUAGCUGACCCAUUUAUAGUAUUCUAGCUCUUGCUGUUAAGCCAUUUCCCUCAUCUCCUCACUUCGAGCCAGGGAUUACAAUUGGUCCAGGUUACCCGGGGGCCAUCAUACAUGUCGAAAAUGAAAUCUCUUUGCUGAUUCCACAAAUGUAUAGAGGAAACAGAGUAGCCAUUAGGGUCAGCUCUCUUAGUUCAUCCAGUAGCUAUGACAAAACCAGCCUGCUCUCUGCAGAACAGGGGCUGGUGCUCUGACUUGAAUGGAAUUUAUAUCCCCCCCAAAUGAAGGGGAUUUAUGUUAGAAGGGUUAUGUUGCACUUGUGGUAGGAGGGUAGGGCCUGGAAACUGGCAUUCAGACUCCAGUGGACAAGUCAUUCUCAGCCACAUGGUCAAAGUAGCUUAGUGUGAGCGUUUAAAAUGAGUUAAAAUGUCAGUGUUUGAGGUGGCUAUCCAGAAAUGUGUAUAGGGUGUAUAUAUGAUUGUAUGGAAAAUGUACUGAGGAUAGGCUGUUUGGAAAUGUAAUUUGCAAUAAGGCAGGCUAUAUUUUCUAAUUUAUUUGCAUCUGAUGUUAGAGAUGGCUUUAAAUGUUUAAGGCAAGUUACUUAUCACCACCCAAAUAGAACCAAAAGAGGAUAAGUUAUUCACAAAGCACACUUUGUGUUACUAAUGUGGAAAAAAUAAUUGUCCUCACACUUGCUCGUUUUCAAAAGCAGGUUUUUCAGAAACCAUUUGGCCAGGAAAGAUGGGAGAAAGGGGAGGGGGGAAGCAUGGAGAUUAUUCUUAAGGCUUUAGGUAUGACACUGGCUUUUGCUGAAGCCACUCAUUUGUUAUGUAUAUCUAUUGAUAAGGGUUUGUAGGCUGGCAGACCAUUUGGCUAAAUAAGCUCUUGUUAAGUUCUUAGCAUUCUUGUCAAUGUUUCUCACUAAUUACAGAAGCUGUAAUAACUUAUUUUCUGUCUGUCUCCUUUUUAAACAGUAUUUGUAUCUACCAGUGCAGAAAUAUAUCUGCAUAUGACCUUAUAUACAUUAUAAAUUAAAACUAUUUAAAAGAACUGAAGUUCUGAACUACUGUAAAUAUUUUUCUUAAAAUAAAGCUCUCUAUGGAAAUUUUAAAAAAUGUGUGAUUC